CUGGCUGUCGCUGUUGGUGAGUCGCCAUCGUCGGUGUAUAUAAACGCAUUGUUGCAUAGCACGCGGGUGAUACUAUAUGGGGAGCAGCAGCGUCGACGGAGCCGGCGAGAUGUGCUUGGAGGCUGGCGCCGGCAGGGCGGGGAGGCGCGGCGGGAAGAAGGCGGCGGAGAUGAAGGCCGCCAAGCAGCCGCAGCGCGGGCUCGGCGUCGCGCAGCUGGAGAAGAUCCGGAUGCAGAACCAGAUGAUCGCCGCGUACCGCUCCGGCCUGCCUCCGCCGCCUCCGCCGCAGCAGGUGCCGUACGCCGCAGUCCCGACGGCCGGCGCCGCAUCGUCUUUCCAGCCCUAUCUAGCUGGUUGCUUUGAGGCGAUGGACCGGAGGAUCGCUGACGUGCAGUACAGCCAGUACUACGCGGAGAACCUGCUGCCUAACAGCUCCAGCCGGCCGCCGUCGACGUCGCCGCUCUUCGUCGUCCAUGACUCGUCGUCGUCAGGACAGAGGCAGCAGCAGACGCCUCACGAGUACGACUACUGGAUGCGCCACAGCCACGAGUCCAGCGGCCGCGGCGGCGCCGGAAGCACGGAAGAGCUAGAUCUGGAGCUGAGGCUGUAGGAGACGCCACGGUGAGCUCGAUAGAUCGAAGUGUCUACUCUAAUUAAUCAUGUGUCCGUGCAUGCAUGGGCGAAGCGCCAUGCGGGAGAGAGGGAGAGGAUCAGAGGAGGGGCUUAGAAUUAGAUUGAUCGAUUAGCUAUCAAACUGGCGGUGCCAGAGUUAGCUGCUGCUUAAUUUGCUGACGGAAUGGCUGAUGCUUUCGUUCUGGAACUGUGGGAUGACUGAUAAACGUACGCUGCCACGCGCGACCGAUACAUGCAUGUAAAUCUUGUUUAACACCUUAUUAAUUGAAAUGGUUACCAGUUUGUAGAGGAAGCUUUA